UCAACUUCCGGAACGUCACUAAUGACACGUAUUCAAAAUGGCGGCCGAGGCUAUGGAGACGUGGUGCGCCUUGCUGCUUGUGGCGCUGCUUCCUGUGGGCCGGUCCUUCUAUGUCCCCGGGGUCGCUCCUCAGGACUUCCAUGAGGGCGCUCAAGUAGAAAUUAAGGCGGUGAAGCUGACCAGCUCCCGUACACAGCUUCCAUAUGAAUACUAUUCCCUGCCUUUCUGUAAGCCAAGCUCCGUCUUAUACAAGGCGGAAAACCUGGGUGAGGUUUUGCGUGGAGAUCGCAUUGUGAAUACGCUCUACAAUGUGAAGAUGAACGAGGAUAAGAAAUGCGAGCUGAUGUGCGGCAAGAAGAAGUUCAACGUGGAGGAGAGCAAACUGAUGGCUGAACGAAUCCAGGAGGAGUACUACGUUCACCUGAUUGCAGACAACCUUCCAGUUGCCACCAGGUUGGAGGUUUACCCCAACAGAGAAACAGGAGGGGAUGAAGAGCAGAAGAAGGUUGCAGAUAAAGACGUUCAGUUUGAACAUGGUUACAGACUUGGCUUCGUCGACAACAACAAGUUUUAUCUCCACAACCACCUGUCCUUCAUCCUGUACUUCCACAGGGAGAAAGUAGAAGAGGGAGAGAAACACAACUACAGAGUGGUGCGUUUUGAGGUCCUACCUCAAAGUGUCAAAGUGGAAGAUCUGAAGGCCAUUGAAGCAGAUAAAACCUGCACACUGCCUGAAGCCAGCAGUUCUGCCCCCCAAGAGAUUGACCCAACCAAAGACAACGAGAUUCUUUUCACAUAUUCUGUCACCUGGAAGGAGAGUGAGGUGAAGUGGGCCUCUCGCUGGGACACGUACCUGACCAUGAGCGACGUCCAGAUUCACUGGUUCUCCAUCGUCAACUCUGUGGUGGUCGUCUUCUUCCUCUCUGGGAUUUUGAGUAUGAUCAUCAUUAGAACCUUGCGGAAGGACAUUGCCAACUACAACAGAGAUGACGACAUUGAAGACACGAUGGAGGAGUCGGGAUGGAAGAACGUCCAUGGCGAUGUCUUCAGACCGCCGCAGUAUCCCAUGAUCCUCAGCUCCCUGCUGGGCUCAGGGAUCCAGCUUUUCUGCAUGAUACUCAUUGUCAUCUUUGUUGCCAUGGUGGGCAUGUUGUCUCCAUCGAGCAGAGGAGCCUUGAUGACCACUUCAUGUUUCCUCUUUAUGUUUAUGGGUGUGUUUGGGGGUUAUUUUGCUGGCAGACUGUACCGCACACUAAAGGGCCAUCGGUGGAGGAAAGGAGCAUUUUGUACGGCCACCUUGUAUCCCGGAGCGGUGUUUGGAAUCUGCUUCGUUCUGAACUGUUUCAUUUGGGGGGAACACUCCUCCGGAGCAGUUCCCUUCACCACCAUGCUGGCCCUGCUGUGCAUGUGGUUCGGCAUCUCCAUGCCUUUGGUCUACCUGGGUUAUUACUUUGGCUUCCGUAAGCAGCCUUAUGAUAACCCGGUGCGCACCAACCAGAUUCCCCGCCAGGUCCCGGAGCAGCGCUGGUACAUGAACAAGUUUGUGGGAAUCCUCAUGGCUGGGAUCUUACCGUUUGGCGCCAUGUUCAUAGAACUCUUCUUCAUCUUCAGUGCCAUCUGGGAGAAUCAGUUUUACUACCUCUUUGGCUUUCUGUUCCUGGUUUUCAUCAUCCUGGUGGUGUCCUGCUCUCAGAUCAGCAUUGUGAUGGUCUAUUUCCAGUUGUGUGCAGAGGACUACCGGUGGUGGUGGAGAACGUUCCUGGUGUCAGGAGGCUCUGCUUUCUACGUCCUGAUUUACGCCGUCUUCUACUUUGUCAAUAAGCUGGACAUUGUGGAGUUCAUCCCCUCCCUGUUGUACUUUGGUUACACCACCCUCAUGGUGUUGUCCUUCUGGCUGCUAACGGGCACAAUCGGUUUCUACGCAGCCUACAUGUUCAUCAGGAAAAUCUACGCCGCGGUCAAGAUCGACUGAUUCCUCGGAGCCGCUGAUGUUCUUCUAGUUCUUGGUUUAUUUUUCUUAAUUUUUUUUUUUUGAUACGUUUGUUUUUUAAUUAUCAUUAUUAUUAUUCUUUUUGUCCAACAAGCACUGACUUGUGUGCAGAUGGAACAGGGGUUUAUUGAUAUGAUGCAACAACCCCAUCUGCUGGCCACAUGGUGGAAUAACAGCCAAACAGCUGUUCCCCCGUCCCUCCCUCCUCUCCUCCGUGUCGGGACAGAGACCUGGAUGGCGGCGUCCUUAAUUGGGAAUGUUGGUGUCUCCUGUCACCUCACCCUGCACACACACACACACACACACACCGCGGGCCAAAGCUUGUCAGAUAAAUUUCUGCAAAUUUUUUUUGCCCAAUGUUUCCAACUGGAAGUUUUCAUUUUGGCCAUCAUCAUAUUUUUUUGCAGUUUUUUUUUCUUCUCUUUUAAUUGUCUCCUUGGACGCCAUUUUCUUGUGUUUUCUUCACACUAAUCGCGUCUCGACUCUUCACUGAUUCUGCUGUUAGAGGGACACUUUAAGUUUCGGUUCAGAGACUUUCUGGAUCAGGGUUUUGGUGUUUGAUUGGAUGGGGAAUUAUGCUGGGCUCUUUUACAUUGUAAUACAAGAAAAGGAUCAAAUGUUCCAUGACUUUUUUAAAAAAAAAAUGGGUUUGCCGUGUCUCCGUCGGAACCAAGUUACCCACAAUCCGUCUCGGCGUACCGGUUCGUUUAUUCUAAACGUUUCAGAACCGCUUCUGAUUGGACGUAAAUAUUUGGAGCGAACGGCGGCGUUUACGGCGACACAGGUGGAGCAGCCACGGGACAAACGGCACAAAGGAGGAGAAGAGCAGAACGUACUGAUGUAUCUUCAACAGUGUAGCCUUAGCAGUCCCAGAGCCUGCAGAACUAUGCAGUAAUGGAAAGAGUGUUUAAAGCUAAUAUCAAAGGACCGUAUUUGUUUAAAAGGAAAAAAGAAAAUCACAGUAAUUCCUAAAGUUUGACUUUUGUUCAAAGAUCAGAUCUGCCUCAUUAGCCGUCGCUGUAAAUGUCACCUUAGCCAUUUUCACACAUCAGUGCUGAACAUUUUCAGGAGAUCUUUGCUUCUGGAAUCUUGUGUUAACCCAUCUUGUGUUAUCUGGAUCUCAAUCCACAAUCCUUCCUGGUGGAAAAUCUUUCCGCUUGGACUUCUCCAUAAAGCUGCAGCGAAGUGUGUGAAAAUGGUUUCAACAGCGUUUCAGCUGUCCAAUGUUCUCGAAACACACAUAGUCAGCUGGUGUUGCAGGUUUGCACAUCUUACACAUCAACUUAUUUUCUCCCCUGAUACUUUAGCUUAAAAACUAACUUUAGGUUACAUUUCAGAAAAUGGUGACAUUAAGGGCUCCCCAAAGAUGAUCCAUCGUAGCAACAGCAGUGAGAUGUGUACAGUUUUGCUCAGUGGUCUCAUGAGAAAGUUGAGUGAUUCAUUAAGAGUUUAAAAUCUAUUCCCUUUCCUUCACAUCUGAUAUGUUAUUGGUGUGAAUAAUACAGAUGGAUCUAUAAUUAGCCCUAAAGCUAUGAAUUUCUUUGCACCUGUGGUGAAUCACUGCUCACAUAACGGCUGCAGCAGCUUCUUUGAAUAACUGGAUAUGUUUUCAGAUUUCCUGAAAUCCCACAAAAUCUUUUUUCUGGGCUUAUCGGCACAGAAUCCAGCUAACGGACUGAAAGUUGCAUAAGAGGAAAACUUUUCAAAGCCCCUGAUCAAGUAAAAUUGUAGUAACAUUUAUUUCAGGAUUUGAAUUAAAUAACAUAUUUCUGGGAGAGGUUUUUU